UUUUGUCCCUAUUAGCAAUCUUAGUAAAUUGAUAUCCUUCUGUACUUUUGACAAAAAAAAAGAUAUCCUUCUGUACUGUAAAUGGUGAUGGCUAUUUCUGCGUUGACAAAUUAACUCUGAGUACGGAUGUGGAGAAAUGUUUAUUCAGUCUGGGGCUGUAUAUCAAUCAGCCUCUCCCAUGCAUAAUUGUCCCAGUUACAAAAGUUGCUUUCAGACGGCUCUCUCUUUUGUCAAUUUGCUAGAGGCUUUAUCUUCUUCCCUUGUUCUUGGUUCUUAUCCCUUAUUUCUAUUAAUGGUCUUUGGGUUCUUCUAAGCUACCUCUUGAUACAGAUACAAAUAGUAGAAGAAGUUCAAUGCAAGUUUUCUUUAUCCAAGCUUUGCUUUUUGCCACAUGGUUACAUCUUGAUCAGUUUUAAAUAUGAGCAAUUCUGCAAGACCAAGGAUGAGAUCCAUGUUCAAUUUGGCGUAUGAUAGAGGUUGAAAGCUCAAAUCCCACCAAAACAACCACAGCCAAAAUCAUUUGUAACCGUACCAUCUCUACCGUACGUACUUCUUUCUUGCACCGAACCCUCAAAAAUUUCUUGGAAAAACUUGCAGGAAAAAGAAAAAAAGAAAGAUCUUGUCAUGAAGAGUAAACAGAAGAAUUCAUUCCUCAAGAGAACGAUGCGUUCUCUAAUAUUUUCUCGAGAUGGUCAUACCAAUAGUUCAGCCAUGCCUAUUGAUGUUCUGCCGAAGAGCAAAUCACAUAACCGUGCAACAGCUUCCAGGGCUUCAAUCAAAGAUGAUCAGAAGCGCAAAACAAAGGGCCAAGUAACUCCAGAUGGUUGUUUUGCGGUGUACGUCGGGCCAGAGAAGCAAAAAUUUGCGAUCAAGAUUGAAUAUGUUAAUCACCCAUUGUUCAAGAUGUUACUUGAGGAUGCUGAAUCGGAAUAUGGUUUUAGCAGUGAAGGGCCUAUUCUGCUUCCAUGUGAUGUGGACUUGUUUUACAAGAUUUUGGCUGAGAUGGAUUGCGCAAAGGAGAUUGAUUAUGGCUGCGGUCUUGCAUACGGUUCGUGCAGUCCAUUCAAUCCAACUUGGCGUCUGGGAAGAAGUAGUGAUGCGGCUAAGGGUUACGGUUCAUAUGGGGUUCUUACUCCAAACCGUUUGCUAAACUUGAAUUAUUGUUGAAAGUGUAGAUGUGUUUAGAUUAGUGUCACUCUCAGGUAGGGAUUAUCAUAUGCCUGUAUAAUGUACCAGCGUACUAGAUACGGUGUUGUAACUUGCAUGGUGCCGUGCCAUCAAUAUAGGGAAUAGGAAUUUGGAUGCUAGCGUGAGUUGUGUAUGCUAGCCAGCGAUCAAGGCACACACACUCGAUAUGGGGUGCAAAUAAUAAUAGUUAUUUGUAAAAUUUUUCUUGUACAUUAGGCCAAAUAUGUAAUUUGGUUUUACACUAGGAAAGUUAAUCUGUUAGUAAAAACUUUUUCAAAGUUUUUUUUUUUCCUC